CCACAAUUCUAACAUUGUCACUACCCAUUCGAAUCAGAACCUUGACACACUUAUCAUCAUCACGUUCUUUCUUUCUUCUUUUCUUCACUCUCACGAAGAAUCGAAUCAACAAUGGCUUCACCGUCUUCAACUCGAUUAGAUCUCGACGGAAACCCAAUCAAACCGCUAACAAUCUGCAUGAUCGGCGCCGGAGGUUUCAUCGGCUCUCAUCUCUGCGAGAAGCUGAUGUCUGAAACCUCUCACAAAGUUCUCGCUUUGGAUGUUUACAAUGACAAGAUUAAGCAUCUUCUGGAACCGGAAACGCUUCCCUGGAAUGGACGGAUUCAGUUUCAUAGGCUUAAUAUUAAGAGCGAUUCGAGACUUGAAGGUCUCAUCAAGAUGGCAGAUCUGGUGAUAAAUCUGGCUGCAAUUUGUACUCCUGCGGAUUACAAUACGCGUCCUUUGGAUACGAUUUACAGUAAUUUCAUUGAUGCACUUCCUGUGGUGAAGUACUGCUCUGAUACUAACAAGAGGCUUAUCCAUUUCUCUACUUGUGAAGUGUAUGGCAAAACGAUUGGUAGUUUUCUUCCUAAAGAUAGUCCUCUUCGUCAGGAUCCUGCAUACUAUGUGCUUAAAGAAGAUGCGUCUCCAUGCAUUUUCGGUUCAAUUGAAAAGCAAAGGUGGUCAUAUGCAUGUGCUAAGCAGUUGAUUGAGAGGCUGGUUUAUGCUGAGGGUGCUGAAAAUGGCUUGGAGUUUACUAUUGUGAGGCCCUUUAAUUGGAUUGGACCCAGAAUGGACUUCAUUCCCGGCAUUGACGGUCCAAGUGAGGGUGUUCCUCGGGUUCUUGCAUGCUUCAGCAAUAAUCUUCUAAGAGGAGAGCCCCUCAAGCUUGUUGACGGUGGCGAAUCCCAGAGAACCUUUGUUUACAUCAAAGAUGCCAUUGAAGCUGUCCUAUUGAUGAUUGAAAACCCUGCCAGAGCCAAUGGCCACAUCUUCAAUGUAGGUAACCCAAACAAUGAGGUUACAGUUAGGCAGCUUGCCGAAAUGAUGAUCCAGGUCUAUUCAAAGGUAAGUGGAGAACAACCUCCUGAAAAAUCUACAAUCGAUGUAAGCUCGAAAGAGUUUUACGGUGAAGGAUAUGAUGACAGUGACAAGAGAAUUCCUGACAUGACCAUAAUCAACAAACAGCUCGGAUGGAAUCCAAAGACUUCCCUCUGGGACCUGCUCGAAUCGACACUUACCUAUCAGCACAGGACAUAUGCAGAAGCCAUCAAGAAAGUGAUUGCACAACCCAUUGCAAGUUAAAAGGUUUAAACAAACAAAACAUGAAUGGCAGUUCCAGAAGAGGGUAGUUUUACUACCCAAGUACCUUACAUUAUAUAUUACUGUUUGAAUUUUUACAUAUAUGGUAAAUUUAAUGUAGAGCUUUGCACUGUUAAACAAGUUAUGGCAUUUUUCACAUAUAAAGGAGAAAAAUGUCUUUUUGUCCUAUUUUUCCUUGGUGUUUUAGAGGUCGGUGCUCAUUGUUGUGUCUGUUUUUCCAGUUCAUUUGUAAGUUGUAAUAUUCGGUUGACACUCAAUACUCAUGUGCUCUAAAUUAUUUGUCAUUAAUUAAUUUAUUGUAUCGAUUA